CCGCCCGAAGCAUGUCCGGGUUAUGGCUGGAGCACUUGAAGGAGAUCUCUUCAUUGGACCGAAAGCAGAGGAACACCGAGGGUUGUUAUCCAUCCGGUACCCCAUGGAGCAUGGCAUUGUCCGGGACUGGAACGACAUGGAGAGAAUCUGGCAGUAUGUUUAUUCCAAAGACCAGCUGCAGACAUUUUCAGAAGAGCAUCCUGUUCUCUUGACAGAGGCCCCCCUAAAUCCUAGCAAAAACCGGGAAAAAGCUGCAGAGGUUUUUUUUGAGACUUUCAAUGUUCCUGCUCUCUUCAUCUCCAUGCAAGCCGUCCUCAGUCUCUAUGCCACGGGUCGUACCACGGGAGUCGUGCUAGAUGCUGGAGAUGGUGUGACGCACGCGGUGCCCAUCUACGAGGGCUUUGCCAUGCCGCACUCAAUUAUGCGAGUUGACAUUGCCGGGCGGGAUGUGUCCCGCUACCUCCGCUUGCUGCUACGGAAAGAGGGCUAUGACUUCCACACCUCAGCCGAGUUUGAAGUGGUCAAGACAAUAAAGGAGAGAGCUUGCUACCUGUCCAUCAACCCUCAGAAGGAUGAAGCCCUAGAGACAGAGAAGGUGCAGUACACGCUGCCUGACGGAAGCACUUUAGAUGUUGGUCCAUCCCGGUUCCGAGCUCCUGAGCUGCUUUUCCAGCCAGACCUAAUAGGGGAUGAAAGCGAAGGGAUCCACGAAGUGCUGGUAUUCGCCAUCCAGAAAUCCGACAUGGACCUGAGGCGGACGCUGUUUGGGAACAUUGUCCUGUCUGGAGGAUCCACACUCUUUAAAGGUUUUGGAGACCGCCUGCUCAACGAAGUGAAGAAACUCGCUCCAAAGGACGUCAAGAUCAAGAUUUCCGCUCCUCAGGAGAGGUUGUACUCAACGUGGAUUGGGGGCUCCAUUCUGGCCUCGCUGGACACGUUCAAGAAGAUGUGGGUCUCCAAGAAGGAAUACGAGGAGGACGGCUCCAGGGCCAUUCAUCGAAAGACCUUCUAG